AUGUGGACACGGCGCAUACGGCCCAGUGCUGGUCGACAUCUUCGGCUCAAACAACCCAGACCACCGCUCAAUCGCCACUACAACGACCAACCCAAGACAUACUUUCAAGAACCGCCAGCACCAAAACCGGCCCGUGGGCGACGCAUAUUCAGCACCGUGCUAUGGACCGCUACCUCCUUCGCCUUAGGUGCAUAUGCGUACAGCUGGGCCGUCAGCAUCCCGCUUGACUACGAAGAUGUCUCAGAGGAACAAGCCCUCGAAAUGGCUCACGAAGUCAUGGUUGCUGGCACGCAAGAACUGGCAGCACGAGAAGCACCACCGAUGACUGUAGAGGCCGCAACUGAACUUCUGGAGACUCGAUCUGGCUAUGCCGUAACACCGACGACGGUCGCGCAUACGAGCCAGUUGCCGUCGAAUAUGCCUUGCGAAGACACCUGGAGUUGUGGCGCCUACACCUUCAACAAUGACCAGACCAAGGAUUGGGAUGAGUGGGGCAUCUUCGAUGGACAUGCUGGACCUCGUACAGCACAGCUGCUCCAACACUUCUUGCCUUCCAUCGUAGGCGGCGCGCUGUGGGACUCGAAAUGCAUGGAACGAGCAUACGUGCCCAAUGACAGACACGUCAUUGAUUCGAUCAAAAAGGCGUUCAUCCAGCUCGACAAGGACAUCGUCGAUGAAGCGGGAAAGCUCCUACGAACUGGUGGCCCGCUGGCCGACAUGGUUGCGAGUGGUGCAGCUGCAUUUUCUGGUUCUUGUGCACUAUUCGCACUGUACGACCCUGUAAGAUCAGUCCUUCGAGUUGCGAACGUUGGCGACUCCAGGGCUGUGCUUGGAAGAUGGGACGCAAGCAAAUCUGAAUACGUUGCGCAGGUCAUGUCCGUUGACCAGACCGGAUUCAAUGAGGAGGAGGUCGCCCGACUAGCACGCGAUCACCCUGACGAGGAUGUAGUUGACCCGGAGACUGGUCGUGUGCACGGCAUCGCAGUCUCUCGAGCUUUCGGUGAUGCACGCUGGAAGUGGCCACAGGAGCUUACAAAACUCGCUCAUGAUAAGUUCUGGGGUCCUUCGCCUAGACCAGACCGCAUGAUCAAGACUCCGCCUUAUCUGACCGCCGAACCUGAGGUUAUGGAGACCAAAGUGCAGACUGGUGAGCACCCCGACUUUCUCAUCAUGGCGAGCGAUGGGCUCUGGGAUCAGAUGUCUUCCGAAGAUGCGGUGACAUGCGUGAACGCAUGGCUCAAGAAGAACAAGCCAACAAACUUCCUGGAUCAAGCCAAGAAGAGUCUGUCUGUGGCCGACUUCCUUGGUCGAGGUGGCCCACCGCAGCUACCAGGGAUCAAGAAGCCUGUAGACUCAUCCGCCGAUGAGGACACAUACUAUGACGAAGACGAGAAAUGCUUGAAGUGGCGAGUGUCGCCCAAGCACUUCGUGGUGGAGGACGAGAAUUGUGGUAUACAUUUGAUCAAGAAUGCCCUCGGUGGCAAGCGACGGAACCUCUUCACAGGUGUUGUCUCGGUCCAGCCGCCACUUAGCCGAUAUGUCCGCGACGAUAUCACGGUGCAUGUGAUAUUCUUUGGGCAGGACACACAGCCGGCUGUCAAGAAUGUUUGA